GGUCAACAUUUGCGAUCGCACCAUUGGUUUGUCCACAUUGGUUAACAAGGGACGUGACGUCAGACCAGAGGAUGCUGCGAAACUUGAACUGAAAAAGGAACUUUUUUGCGCAAUAAGUUUGCUGUCAAUUCCUCUGCAAAAGGGCUCGGAGCAGGCCCAUAGAGCGUGGGCGCAUGAUGGAAGACACAACAUCGCGUGGCCAGGAGCCGGUUUGAUGCUGACAAAGGGAAAAUCAUCGCGUCCUCGAAGUAUCUCCUCGUCAUGGAUUUCAUGCAGAGAUACCAGUUAAUCAUUAUCUUACUUUGGAUAUUUACUACUGGCAGAGUUUUAUCCCAGUUUUUCGGAACUACAUUAGAUGCCCUUCGAUCCAGGAGUCAAUGUGAUUGCAUGGAAUAUUGGCACUGUAUUGGAUCCGGUGGAAAACCAUAUUCGUAUUGUUCUUACAGCAACAAAGUCUGCUGUUUCAUUGAUCCAAAUUCAGUAGCUGUCGGUAUCCUACCUAGACCCACAAAAUCGAGCAGCUGCGGAACUAAAGGUCCCAAUAGUGAAAGAGAUGGCAUCUCGGAACCAGGGGAGUGGGCAUGGCAUGCAGCUGUUCUAGAGAAGCCACAAGAUCUGUACGUGUGUGGUGCUUCACUGGUUGAUGAAUACUGGGUCAUCACUGCAGCUCAUUGUGUUGAUGAGUACCAUUCUCCCAAUGCUCUGAAGAUUCGUUUGGGCGAACAUGAUGUAUCCAGUACAGCAGAACCCUUCAAGUACGAAGAAUUCGAUGUCUCUCGGAUAGUUGUGUACCCUACUUUCAACAAUAGGACUCUGAUGCACGAUAUUGCUCUUGUACGUCUCGCCAAGCCUGCGAAAAAGCGUGCAAAUAUAAACGUCGUGUGCAUGCCAUCGGAAGGGACGACAAACAACGAACUCAUACUUUCACCUCGAUGUUUCGUCACUGGCUGGGGGAAAACCAUCGACAGUACAGAUCAUUCUGUAAUCUUGAAAGAAGUGAACGUACCACUUUGGAGGAACGAUGAUUGUGAGAGAGCUCUGAAGUUUCAUUUCGGUCCCAGUUACAAAUUACCGGCUACUUCGCUCUGCGCAGGCGCAGAAGGAAGAGACGCUUGCGAUGGUGACGGUGGAGGACCUUUGGUGUGUGAAAUGAAUAGCCGCUAUUAUCAAGUCGGCAUCGUUUCAUUCGGAAUCGGUUGUGGGCAACCGAAUACACCUGGAAUCUACACAAGAGUUGAAAGCUACAGCAGCUGGAUUCAUCGGGUUGUUGCCAGUACCAAAUUCAAUAUGAAUCAAAUUCAUCUUCUGGAAAUUUUAUGUGUUUUCUUCGCAACGAUUGGAAAAAUUUUCUCUCUUAAUUAUGUUUCAGAGCCCAAUUUUGCUUUUUUUCAACGAGCUGCUGUAUUACCAGAAAAUUCUGAGGUGCCUCCUAUAAAUGAAACCGUACUACCAGAUUUUCCAUUGGCAAGUAUUAUGCCAAGAAAAACAGGCAGAGCUUACACUAUACUUUAUCCUCUAACUUUUGAAAACAGAGGAGGGAAAAGUCUGAAUUUCACGCUUCAACAACCACAACCACCUGCGGAAGAAAAUCAGGUUCAAUCCAGAGUCAUGAAUCAACCAAAACUCUAUCCAAAUUUCCGAUUCGAUCUUCCACCAUAUAACAAAGCAAUGGAUUCUGGAUCAGUAGAACGUCCCCCACCAUCAUCGGACGAAUAUGACGAUUCUGAUAGUCCACCUGUAAGACCACCUCCACCAUCAAAACAGUACAAUGGGAAGCCUCCAACUUUUGCUCAACCACCAGCACCGCCUGCACCACCAGCAUAUGAUAAGAGUUAUCAACCACAACCACCGCCUGAACCACCAGCAUAUGAUAAGAGUUAUCAACCACAACCACCGCCUGCACCACCAGCAUAUGAUAAGAGUUAUCAACCACAACCACCUCCACCAACCCAAUACAACCAGAAAUCUCCUCGAUUGGCAUCUUUAUCAUCUCCACCAUCAGCACCACAACCUCCUCAACCACAGCCGUUCGAUAAGAGUAUUGCUUUCAUUGCCUAUUUGCCAUUACUAAGAUACAACAAAACAAUAAGUCAACCGAGAUCAAUUGCGCCACCAUCAACUACUACCGCAACCCCGAAUAAAUCCAACGCUCGUCCUGUACCGCCUCCAUUCCCGUACAGCAAAAAUACAGUACCCAAAUAUAAAAUUCUUCCUCUUCAGGCUUAUAAUAAAGCAACUUUUGUAUCCUCUACAGUAAUUCCACCACCUACUUCCAGCAAGUCACAACAGCAGUUUGCAUCCUGUAUCUGCGUUCCUUAUUAUCUGUGCAAGGAUGGAGUCAUUAAUUCUGGUGGAAGACUUCAAGCAAUUCAUAAGCGAACAGCAAGAUCUCUAAAUUAUGAUUUCUUCAAUAAGACUUUACCAGCGAUUUCAAUUCAGCCUAAAACUUCCGGUACUUACACAAACACACAGUCUGCAGAACCAAAUACGUGCCAACCAAACGAAGUCUGUUGCCAGAUAUAUUUCUCCGAUAAUACCGAUGAUGGGGAUGAUGGCAACUAUUAUCCGGUUGCCACACCUCCCCCUGAGCCAUCUUAUCCUUCACCCCCUCGUUAUCCUGAUAAACGCAAGCAGUAUAAUGUCUGCGGAGUUCGUAAAGUGUAUGGCGUCCAAAGAAGGCUGAAGCAACUUCAAUACUCAGGAGAUGUUGCCGAAUUCGGAGAAUAUCCAUGGCAGGUAGCCAUUUUAAAAAAAGUUGUCGGAGACAAGAAUCUUUAUCUUUGUGGUGGAGUACUAAUCUCUCCUCAGUGGAUCGCUACAGUGGCACAUUGCAUCAAAAAGGACAAAUCAUCUCCCCUAUUGGUCCGAUUAGGAGAAUGGGAUGUCAACAGGAAAGACGAAGUUUAUCCAUACAUUGAAAAGGAUGUCACCACCAUAGCCAUUCAUCCAGAAUUUGAUCCUGAAUCUUUGGUGAAUGAUUUGGCACUACUCCGGAUAAUCGCUCCAGUUGAUCCGCGAAUCCCUCACAUCACUCCGGCAUGCUUACCAUUCCCUGGACAAGUUUUCGAUAACCAGAAGUGCUGGGUGAGUGGAUGGGGAAAAGACUUUUUUGGUCCAAAAGGAGCGUAUCAGAAUGUAUUGAAGGAAGUGGAUGUUCCAGUUGUGAGUAGAGCCUUAUGCAGCACUGAAUUGAGAAGCACAAACUUAGGCCCCGAUUUCCAACUACAUCCAGGGUUUCUUUGUGCUGGUGGCGAAGCAGGAAAGGAUGCAUGCACGGGCGAUGGUGGAAGUCCUCUGGUGUGCACGAGCAAUGGUCUUUGGUACGUGGUUGGACUCGUCUCCUGGGGCAUCGGUUGCGGUCAGCCAGGAAUUCCGGGAGUUUAUGUCAACGUUCUAUAUUAUGCUGAUUGGAUAAAUAACAUUACGAGACGCUAGAGACUAUAGAAAGUGAAUCAUCACUCAUCAUUCACAUUUCUCAUCACAACAUAACAUCAUCAUCUCUAUUGAAAAGCUUCCUUUGCUACUGUUUGUAUUUUACUCAUCCUGCUCUUGCAUUUGUAAUAAAAUAUUUUA